AUGCCUAUAUCUGAGAUGCAAACACGUGUAUUCGUUGCAGCUCUCAAUGGAAGAAUCAAACUACCAUCCAAGGAACGGAUGGAAAGAGAUAUAAAGCGCAAGCACGAGAUAAUGGCAAAAGAGUUCAUUCCGAGCAGAAGACAUACAAUUCAGGUUCAUUACGUCGAAAUAAUGGAAGAAUUAGCGGAUCUUCUUCGAUGUGGUCCUUCGGUUUUCUGGCGCUUUUUCUACGAUCCUCGACUUGCCAAUGCUUUGUGCUUCCAUGGACUUGUACCUUAUCAAUACAGAUUACAGGGACCUCACUCGUGGCCUGGUGCACGUGAAGCUAUUCUUUCGUUUGAAGAUCGUGUAUUCAACACUACUCGUACCCGACGAACAAAAGAGACCCUGAGCAGCAAACCGACAGUCAAAAUGUUCCAAUUCAUACGUCUUAUCGAAUGA